UGAGCGUUCUUAAAAAAAGCAGCGUGGUAGCGGCCAAGGCGGCUUCCCCUAAAAAAAGAUAGCAGAAAGCUUAACCCCUUUGACGUUACAAAACGUUAAAUAUUAUGUGCCGCAUCGUGUAAGAACGAGAGCAGUAAUAGCAAUAUUACGUCAAUACCAGGCAAAUUCGUUCCACAGUGAGAUAUCAUUUUGCCAUAGUGAUACAAUACCUACAGUUGACUUGCGCUAAAGCUCUCACAUACCUAGCUUGUGACAAUCCUGGUAUAUUACGUUCCAGCCAAAACUCAGUAUCGAUCGAAGGUGGUUACCACGGACCAUUCCGGACAUAUCCUGGAAAUAUUUACCGGCUGGCUGUUCUGGAAAUACCUAUCUCCUGCGGUCACAUGCCAAAAGCAGUAAAAAGAAGCGCAAUGCAGAUGGAAAUUGACAAGAACACACAGGCAAUACGAACCAUUGUACUGUAUUAAUGAAUAUAAGAUAGCCCUUGCCACUUAUAGCACAAAUGAUGGGAGCAAGAUGCAUUACCCUUUUCAGUGCCAUGAUAACAUGCAGUUUCUGUUUGUUGCAAAAUAGCAAAACAUAACGAUGUAGGAACAUUCGUAAGCACAUGAAAACUUAGCGUUGUUUUAGUUAGUAACUUGUCUGCGAAACGAAGUCAAGUAGUGUGGCAGUGUGGUGAUGCUCAACCAAACUAACAAUCACACUGCUCUGACGAUGUGGACUUCAACCGCACCAAGCCACCGGGACGCCAUGAAGUAUGAAGGCGCCUUCCAGCGCCGGAUUUAUUGGGACCUCAACAAGGCCAUUAUAAUGCUGGUCACACUGGUGACGCUCGUCCUGGGUGUGGCUGGAAACGUCCUGGUUCUCCUGACGGUGUGCAUCCGCCGACUGCUUCAUAACCCGAUGAGCUACUACGUGGCCCACCUGGCGGUAGUGCACACGCUGCUCUCGCUGGUGGUGUGUCCGUUCCUGACGUUCCACGUGCUGCGCGACGCGCACUACCGUCGCGAGGUGUGCGCCUCCUUCUACAUCCUGCUCUACUCGCUGGCGCUGCUGGUGGCGCUCGGCGUGCUCACCAUCGGUGUGGACCGGCUCUGGAAGGGCCGCUGGAGCUGGCACUACCUGAGCCGCCACUCGGGCCGACUCGCGCUGGCCGUGGUGGCCAGCUGCUGGGUGGCCGCCCUGGCCCUGGUCGCCGCGCUCGAGCUGACCGGCAGCGUUCGGCACCCACUGCGCACCCACAUCUGCUCCGACGACAGAGAAGGAGGUGUACCGAGCCAGCGGCUUACGAAGGCGGCGCCGGGCGACAUAGCGAUGGAGGUGGUUUUCUACCUAUGCUACGGCACUGCGUUCGUGUGUCUGGUGCUGGUUCAGGUUCUGCACGGCCGUCGGGCGCGCCGAACGGGGCACCUGCCCGGCGCCCUCACCGGCGACGCCCUGGUCAAGGUGCCGGAGGGGGAGGCCGCCGAGGUCCGCGCUGCCGGCGGCCGGCUCACGCCGCGCCUCGGGAAGCGUCUGUUCGAGGACGGCGACCAGGAGGCGCGCUCGGUGCGCACCCUCCUGCUGCUGAUCGUGCUGCACUCGGCCUGCUGGCUGCCCUUCUACGUGGUCUACUCGCUGAACGCGCACGUCUCAGAGAGCCUCGUGCCGUACAACAUUGUCGAAAUUGUGCACUACCUGGCGCUGCUGAGCUCCCCUCUCAACCCGCUGCUCUACUACUUCUCCAGCGUCGAGUUCAACAUGAUGAUGCGUCAGCUGCUGCGGAACAUGUGCUGCCGCGCCGCCAGCGUCUCAUCAGGGUCCACCGUCACCCUGCAGUGGGAGCCGCUCCACGCCAUUUCAGACGACCAGCUGGAGGCCUUCAACGCUGACGCAGACCGGAUGAGUGUGAGCAGGCUGACGCCGGUGCCGUCCGCCGGCCUGCCCCGGCUGAUGAGUGACGUCGGUAUCAGCGUGGGCAGCAAUCUGGGCCAGCGCAGCAGCAUGCUGCUGCCGCUGCGCGAGCUUCGAGAGGUGCAGGACACGGGCGGACCCUCGGCGCAGCUGUACGGCCCCAACAACCUGCCGCCCAUCUCACCGAAACGGGCCCACCAGCGGCCCAGCGGCGCCUCGCUACUCAGGGUGGUGGACGCCGCCUUCGGCACGGACACACCCCAGCAGAUCGCCGUCGGCAGCAGCCCGUCCCCGGUGAUUGUGUCGCCCCAGACGCUCGCGAUGACGCCGCCGAUGACGCCCUCGUUGUCGGACGCGCCGUCGCGGGGCAGCCGCUCGCCGGGAGUCAGUCCGGGCGCCAGCCAGCGCUCCAGUCACUCACACGGCAUCAUCAACAGCCUGCGCAACCUGUUCCGGCGCGGCCGGCCCGGCUCGCGCGGCCGCUCCGACUCCAGUCUGACCGACUCGUCGGCAGGCACGCCAGAGCGCGCCGGCAAGCGCGGGUUCGCGGCGCGCGUGGCGGCGCUGUGGCACCGCCGGCGGCGGCGGACCGGGCCCGGCCGGUCGGAGCGGACCUUCUCCGAGGAGUCGCUGGUGCGCCGGCUGGUGCUGGCCGGCCUGCCGUCGGGCGUGGUAGCCGCCGACCGGCACCGGCGGCUGUCGGGCGUGUGGCGCUCGCCGGGCGGCCGGCUGCACCGACUCGACCCGACCUCGGAGGAUUAUCCGGAGCUGCUGGAGCGGAUAGCCGCCUGCGACAGCGGCUACCGCUCGCCGGCCGGACAGCGGAUCCAUCACGUGUGCGCGCGACACCACGUGCACGGCCGCUGCCACCACCACGACAUGCGCAACCAGGUGGCGCCGCCGCCGGAGGGCGCGCGACCGCAGGCCUCGCGCGGAAACUGGACGGCCGAGCGGCCGGAGCCGGUGGCGCAGCCAGCCCGGCUGCUGGCGCCGCCCGACAGAGCCGCCAGCAGCUCCGGCGGCUCCGAGGGCUCCGAGAUUGUGCAGAGGGUCAGCAGCCCGCGAGUGCUCUGACAACGAUACCACCCCACCCCGCCGCCUGGCUGUGACCCCGAGAGACGCGCGUUCUGUGACAAAUGACUUCUGUAUUGAGACGCGACAUGAAAUAUAAGACAGAGUGGA